UCUAAUUGUUGCUCAGUAUUUCUUCUGCAAAACCCUAGAGAAAUUUCCCAAUUUCAAUUUCAGAAACUUCUUCUACUCAUAAUGUACCGAUCAGAGGUUACCACCGAUGAAUCAGAGCGGACAGCUUUCCGGAAAGCUGAAAAGAAAUACAAAAUCUAUUACGAUAACACCAAAAAGAAAAAGGUAACGAGACCUGUGGAUUUAUCAGAGGUCAUAGAUUUCAAGUCAAUUUUAGACGACUAUAAUUGCAACAUUGAGCUUAACGAUGGAGUUUCGGUGUUAAAUCGUGAUUUUGAUCGACCUAUUUUCUGCUUGGAAAGCCGCCCAGGUUUUUAUUUUAUUCCUGGCGCCUUGAGUAUUGAAGAGCAGCGGCAAUGGAUAAGGGAGAGUUUGGCCAGCUUUCCUCAACCGCCAAAUCGAACAAACCACAAUGCAAUUUAUGGCCCUAUAGAGGAUUUGUUUGUGUCUGCUAAAGAGCGGAGGGUAUUGGUGGAAGUAGAAAGACUUCAGGAUGAUGUUUGUUCUGAGGUUAAUGCCUUGCAGAGUGAUGUGUGUGCUCCCCGGUACAAGUUUGUCGAGGAACAUGGUGAAUUGCGUAGUAAAGAUGCGUGCAAAUCAGUGCCUGCUUCUGUUUUGCUGCGUAAGUUAAGAUGGAGUACUCUUGGCUUGCAAUUUGACUGGUCCAAGCGGAGCUAUAACAUUUCUCUACCUCAUAAGAAGAUUCCCGAUGCAUUGUGCCAGUUGGCGAAACGAAUGGCAGCUCCUGCCAUGCCCUGUGGUGAAGAAUUCCUACCCGAAGCUGCUAUCGUGAACUAUUUUGGUUCGGGCGAUAUGCUUGGUGGGCACCUUGAUGACAUGGAAAAAGACUGGAGCAAGCCGAUUGUAAGCAUGAGCUUGGGCUGCAAAGCUAUAUUCCUUCUUGGGGGAAAAUCAAGGGAAGAUACACCAAUUGCAAUGUUCCUCCGAAGUGGUGAUGCCGUUCUUAUGGCUGGAGAAGCUAGGGAAUGCUUCCAUGGUGUUCCUCGUAUAUUUACCGAUGCAGAAAAUGCUGACAUAUCCCAUCUUGAAAGCCAGUUUACACAAGAAGAUGGUCAUGCAUAUCUGGAUUACAUUAGGACUUCAAGAAUCAACAUCAAUAUCAGACAAGUUUUCUAAUUGAUGUAUCUUUCCAUAUCCCAUCUUGAAAGCCAGUUUACACAAGUAGAUGGUGUAUCUUUCCAUUGAGUGUUGUUACUUCUCUACCUUAUUUAUGGGCAGAUUUUUGGAAUUUUUGUAUAACUUAGUUUAUUUGGGUUAAUAUAAGAUAUAGUGGAACAUCAA